AGUCCAGCCCUAUCAAGGGUUAUCAUCACGUACCACAGCCGAAACCAUGCCACAGGUAUCACUUUUCUGUUUCUGUAACAUCCUCUUAUCUUCUUGUUUUUCAUUUGAAUAUUUUUCUAUGCUUUUGUGUACCUAUUUUCAAUUUUAGCAAAACAUGAGUUCCUGCUGUUACACCCACUGUGUCAUUAGAAAUGUUUUCAGUGUCUAGGGUGGAGCAAAGGGAGGUAUGUCAGCAUUCAUCUCUGUGUGUCUGGGAUUCGGUAGGUGUCUCCAGGACUGGAAAGUACUAUAAACUGAGAGAACUGAAGUGCUGAGUAAGAAAAAUAGGCUCACAAGAAAUGCACAACAGAAAUUUUUGAAAAGUUUCAACUUUCUAUUUCUUCUGUGAAUCUGACCAACUAUACAGAAAAAAUCAUCUCAAACAUGUCCAACAAGACAAAUGACUCAGGGGACCAGGUUUUCUGUUCCCAGCUUGAGAUGAUGAGGAGCCAUGAACUUAAUAACAACACACAGGUCAAUCUGACUGUGGUUUGCAUCCAUGGACUGGUUUCUGGCCUGGGGAUUUUGGAGAAUGCCUUGAUCAUCUGGGUGGUGGGCUUCCGCCUGAGACAACGCACGGUGGCCUCCAUCUGGGUGCUCAACCUGGCCCUGUCUGACUUCCUGGCUACCCUGACGCUUCCCCUGUUCACUUUAUACCUAAACUCUCGUCACAGCUGGGAGCUCGGCAACCCACUUUGCAAAGUGCAGACAUUCAUCUUUUUCUUCAACAUGUUCGUAUCAGCCUUCCUUUUGGCAGCCAUUUCACUGGACCGCUUACUUCUGGUCACCAAGCCAGUGUGGAGCCAAAAUCAUCGAUCAGUAGCGGGAGCGUGGAAAGUGUGCAUAUUGGGUUGGCUAUGGGCAGCAGCUAAUGCAUUGCCAUAUUAUGUUUUCCGCUCAGUGACUGAAACGGAGCAUAAAAGAAAGUUGUGCUAUCACAAUUUUGCCAUGUAUUCCUCAUAUGCCACACUUGAGAGAGACUGUAGCAUGAGGCAGUGGGCCACAGCUAUCUCCAAGCUGCUGCUGGCAUUCAUAUUGCCACUGGCAGUGAUUGCAGGAAGCUACAUCAAAAUUGGUCUCAGUCUGAGGAGCAGGAACAGGAGGAGGAAGCAGAGUGCCACUAGACUAACUGAUGAUCUGAUUACGUUAAACAGAAAUCAAGACUCAAGAACUACACAUGGAAGAACUGCAGCCACAAAUAAAUUAUCUCUCAAAUUUCUAAUCCCUGGUCCAUCAUUAUCCACUAAAGAAGGCCCCUUGACCCCUACUACCCCUAAUCUGACGAGUCAGAGCCAGCUAUCCCAGAGUUUCACCAAAAUGGUGACAUCUGUGAUUACAGCAUUUGCACUGUGCUGGGCUCCUUAUCACAUCUUUUGUAUGAUCGAAGUGGCAGCCCAAUAUAAUAUAGAACGUCUCAAACUAGUGGAGGUAGGUCUACCUCUAGCUACAACACUGGCAUUCUUAAAUCCAGUACUGAACCCUAUUCUCUAUGUCUUCAGUUGCCCACGUUUCUGUGUAAGAAUACGGCAGAGUCUGGGAGCAGUGUUUGAUGGACUGGUAGAAGAAAGAGGGGUGUUACUGAUGACCCCAGGAAAGAGCUUAAUAAAUCACAUUAGGAGGAGGAGCAGUCGAGAUGUUGGCCUAGGAAUCCCAGCGUCACCCUGUCAGUCACAAGGCACCCAGCCCACCUUCUCAUCAGCUUUGCAGGACAAUAAAGUGGAGCAUAGCUGAGACAUCAAUUGAUUUUUGGCUUUGUGCCUAGGGAAGUGCAUGAAUUACAUUUAAUCAAGCACACGUGCCAUAUAGGUACUGUAAGACAUACACUAUAUUAUUAAAAGUAUUCAUUCUACUAUCCAAGUUAUUGACACACUGCUAAACCUUGUGGAAGAGUUGAAGCUGUUAUAGUUGCAAAGGGUGGACCAACAUCAUAUUAAACCCACAUUAACUUAAGUUCAUGUGGGUCUGAAGGCAGGCAAUCAAUACUUUUGGCAAUAUAGUUCAACUCAAAUCAAUUCAAUUUAAUUUAUGUAGCACCAAAUCCCAACAACAGUUGUGUUAAGGCCCUUCCAAUAAUACAAAGAAAAGCCCAACAAUCAUAUGACCCCUAUGAGUAAGUGCUUUGGUGACUGUGAGAAAGAAAAACUCCCUUUUCAUAGAAUUAAAUAACAAUGUGUAAAUGUAUGGUUUGUGUUGUGUUUGUGCAGGAAACUAUAGUUAUCCAUAUGGUACGGUGCUUUGUUCCUGACUGAAAUCACUGCUCGCACUGUUGCUGAAGUUUCGAGACCUGAAACCAAACAUUUCCAUGUUAACAGUGACAUCAUUGAUUGUUCCACCAAUCAGUGUUUUGAUGUAGGAUUGUAAGAAGAGUAGUUCAAGAACAUAUUUUAUAAAAAAAAAACAAAAACAAACUAUUAUCACAAUAUUUGCGGAUUCUAAAUUAACAUUUGGAUAUGGGAAACGAUAUAUCAUCAACAACUAUAUAGUUUUGUCAGUAAUCACUGAAGUUACAUUUCAAAUGUUUUUAUAUAGCCUUUUAAAAUUGUACUACAUUGUCACUACUACCCCUGAAUGGUGAACCUGAAAAGAUCAAUACAUCACCUUGUGCAUGUGACUGAAAACUGGGAAAUGUAUAUCCUUCUGAUUUAGUGCAAGACCGUGUUGAUCUGUAGUUAACUUUCCCGAGCACUAUCUUGAGGUCAAAUCCAGUUUGUACAGUAGAAAAUACAGUUGCCUACUCUAUGUAAUGUGAAAGUUCUAAACCUUAGCAUUCAUGUGUCAGUAGUAGAAUUUCAAGUAUUUUUAUACUUAUCUUUUUAUAACGAUGUAUAGCAGCUAAUGUUUAAAUAAAAAGCUAUAAUUGUUUGUA